GACACGUUUGGUCUGUGAUGUGAGAUAGCCAUUGUAACUGUCAGUUUUAUAAAGUUGUGUUUUUAUUAGAGUCAUUGCGCGCUGCUGGUUUCAUAAAAAAAUUUUUUUUAAUCUUUGAAUGUGAAUUCUUAGAAUUUUAAAAAAAUGAAUAAUAAUAAUCCGUUCAAUCCAUAUGUCAGUGUUGAUGAGGAGGAAGAAAUAGUUAUCUCUGGUAUCGCUGGACAAUUUCCUAAUUCGGAUAAUAUAAAAGAAUUUCAGGACAAUCUUUUCAAUAAAAUGGAUCUCGGUUCGGAGGAUCAUCAACGCUGGACCAAUUAUAUGUAUGAAAUGCCUCCUCGAAUAGGAAAAAUGAAUAAUAUAGAAAAAUUUGAUGCAGAAUUUUUUAAUAUAUCAGCCGUAGAAGCUCAUACGCUUGAUCCUGAAGCUAGAAUAUUGCUCGAAAACACCUAUGCAGCAAUUAUUGACGCAGGUGUUAAUCCCGCAGAACUGCAAGGGACAAGGACGGGAAUUAUCACAGCAAAGUCAAUUUCUGAUACAUAUCUGGAUAUAAUAUACGAAAAGCCUCAUGUUGCUGGAUUACCCAUAAUUGGUUGCAGUAAAAGUAUGUUGGCAAAUAGAAUUUCUAACUGGCUCAACGUUACUGGACCAUCGUAUAACAUCGAUACUGCAUGUAGCUCGAGCAAUUUUGCUAUGGUGGAAGCUUACAAUUUGAUUCGAUCUGGAUUUUGUGACGCGGCUAUUGUUGUUAGUGUCAAUUUGUGCAUUCAUCCUUCUGUGACUCAACAGUUUUAUGUCCUGGGAGUUUUAUCUGGCGAUGGCUACUGUAGACCUUACGAUGAAAAAGGUACCGGUUACAUGCGUAGUGAUACGGCUACAGCAAUAUACUUGCAAAAAGCAAAGGAUGCAAGAAGAAUCUAUGCGACUUUUAUUUAUGGUAAAACCAACUGCGAUGGUUUCAAAGAAGAAGGAAUUACUUUUCCAUCAUUAGAUAGACAAAAAAUAUUAUUGGAAGAAUUUUACAAAGAAUGUAACGUUUCGCCUUUUGAGCUAUCUUAUCUAGAAGCUCAUGCAACUGGCACUGUAGCCGGCGAUCCCGUGGAGCUUCAAGCAAUCGACGAAGCUUUAUGCAUCAAAAGAGAUUUUCCUCUAUUAAUAGGUUCAGUAAAAUCAAAUACUGGACAUUCUGAAGCCGCCAGCGGUCAUUGUCAAAUUGCAAAGGUUUUAAUAGCGAUGGAAACUGGUAUAAUCCCUCCUACUAUACAUUUUAAACAUCCACGAAAGAAUAUGACUGCUAUCAUUGAAGGAAGAGUAAAAAUAAUCACUGAACCGACAGAAUGGAAGGGUGGCUACGUCGGUAUUAAUUCCUUCGGAUUUGGUGGUGCUAAUUGCCAUUUAUUAUUGAAAUCAAAUCCGAAAAUUAAAGUCAAUGAAACAAAUAAUAAUUUACCUAAGCUUGUAGUUAUAUCUGGACGUACCAAAGAUGCAGUUAAAAUCAUAUUAGAUGACAUACACAAUCGGUCAAUAGAUGUAGAAUAUAUAUCUCUUUUGCAUCGUAUACAUAGCGGCAAUAUAAAAGAUCAUCCCUACAGAGGAUACAUAAUUGCUGGAUCCAAAAUAAAUAACAAUGCAAUAAUUAAAAGAAAAUGUAAUUCAUAUACGAAAAGACCGAUUUGCUUUAUAUUUUCUGGAAUUGGAUCUCAGUGUUUUAAUAUGGGUCGAGCUUUAAUGGAAUUUCCAGUAUUCGCUAAAGCAAUCCAAAAAUGCGAUACUGUUUUAAAACCUUAUGAUAUAUUUGUCACAGAUAUUCUAAUAAAUAAAGACAAAUAUAUUUUCGAUAACGUAGUCAACUUAUUUGUAGGUCUUAUUGGAUUACAGAUCGGAAUAGUUGAUCUCUUAAUUAAUAUUGGUAUCACUCCUGAUGUUAUAAUGGGUCAUUCCAUUGGCGAAUUGGUUUGUGGGUAUGCCGAUGGAUGCUUGACGGUUGAAGAAACCAUCAUGUUGGCUUAUUAUGUCGGUUUAGCAUUUCUUAAGUCAAAAAUAAUAGGUGGCUUGAUGGCUGAAAUUAAUUUAGAUUUAAAAACUAUGAAGAAUAUAUGUCCAUCAGAUAUCGAUAUAGCUUGUUACAAUAGUUCGCAUAAUUAUAUUGUGAGUGGACCAACAAGCUCUAUAAGAGCAUUCCUCGCUAAACUACAGAAUGACAACAUUUCUGUAAAAGAAAUUUCCUCUGGACAUGUACCUUUUCAUAGUCGUUACAUCGAGCCUGCGAGAGUUAAACUUUUGGAAUACCUGAAUCAGAUAUUGCCACAGAAAGCCUCUCCGAGCUCAAAGUGGUUGAACAUGUUGAACAAAUCCUAUGAAUGGUUCAGCACAUCUCCAAAUAUUUCGUAUCUAGCAAAAUAUUAUACAAAUAGCCUAUUAACCCCAGUAGUAUUUUCAGAAGCUAUGCGUUUUAUUCCAAAUGACGCGGUGACGAUUGAGAUAGCGCCGCACGACAUUCUACAAUACAUUCUUAAUGAUUCGUUAAAUGCAACUGUGACAAAUGUCGCGUUAUACAAAUUCUCUCACAAACCAAACGUUGAAAUAUUCUUACACGGAAUUGGACAACUUUAUAAUGCAGGAUUACAGCUGCAAAUAGCAAAUUUAUAUCCGGAAGUUAAGUUUCCAGUGAGUCGUAGUACACCGAUGAUUUCUCAUCUUAUGAGAUGGGAUCAUUCCGAAGAUUGGUAUGUAUAUCAUUAUUACUCACAAAGAAAAGUUGAAAAUGGGGAAAUAAUUGUUACCAUUAAUUUACUUGAGGAAGAAUUUUCAUAUAUGAUUGGGCAUGUCGUUAAUAGAAAAAAUUUAUUACCGGCUGCAGGAUAUCUUUUCCUGAUAUGGCAAAUGAUCAGCUGGUUAAAAAAGCAAAAUGUUCUCGAUGUAUCAAUUGUAUUUGAAGAUGUUAAUUUCCUACGUUCUACACUUCUGUCAAAAGAAAAUCCAGUCAAUUUAAUUCUUAUAACCCAAAAAGAUAGUUGCAAAUUUGAAAUAAUCGAAGGAGAGAGUGUUGUCGUCACUGGAACAGUACGAAUUCCAGUUAAUAUUGAAGACGAGAAAAUAUGUAACACAUUUAUUGAUCGAAAUGACAAUGACAAAGAGGAGAUGAAUAUAAAAGAUAUUUACAAAGAAUUGAAACUUCGUGGUUAUCAAUAUACCAACGAAUUUCGUGGAUUAAGAAGCGCGUCAAUCACAGGAAAGAAUGGUCAUAUUGCCUGGACUGACAAUUGGGUAACGUUUAUGGACAAUAUAUUACAGAUGAUGAUUUUAGGGCAAGAUUCGAGAAGCCUUUUUGUACCAACAAAAAUUCGUAAAGCGGUAAUCGAUCCAAAAUCUCACAUAAAAUAUAUUGAAGUACUUUCAAAUGAAAACAAACAAGUCCUUGUACAAAAUUAUAAGCACUUAGAUGUUUUGAUAUCUGGAGGAAUAGAAAUACAUGGUCUCGUAGCUACAGCUAUAUCUCGUCGACAAAAUGUAGCUAACCCCGUUCUUGAAGAGUACAAGUUUGUUGCUCAUCGAGAUUUGAAUAUGACAUCUUUGCAAGAUGCAAUAAGAAUGUCGGUGCACGUUGCACUUGAGUGCCAUAACAUGAUAAACGUAAAAAUCAUUGAAUUUAUCGAAAGUAGCGACGAAGUGAUGCCGGAGAAUUUAAAUUCUUUACAUGUUUAUAAAAUUUUAGACGACUUACCGCAAAUUUGUUACAAUAUCAAAAUAGUAACGAGUAACGAACGAUUCAAAGAUAUUUCUUUGCCCGACAAUAUUUCUACGAUGGAAUUUGAUAAACUGACGAAAAAUGAAAAUUGUUUGAUGAUUAUAGGUUUCGGAAUUUUAACAAAAAAUAGAAACGAUUUAUACGAACAAUUGUUGUCUGCCAUAAUGCCAAGAGGAUUUCUUCUGACAUUGGAAGAGUUAGAUGCUAUUUACGAUUACUCAUGUCUGGACAAAUAUGGAUUAAAAGUAAUUUUGGAAAAACGCACCAAUGAUAAGACAAUUAUAUUAUUAAGAAAAAUACAAGAUUUUAAGACGAAUCAGCAGAUUGUGCAUGUAAAUAAUUACGAAUUUUCGUGGAUAAAUGAGAUUAAAUCAUUCAUGAACGUGGAAAAUGACAACAUAAAUACGAGGAUUAUAAUCGUCGCAGAAGGGGACUUCGAAUGCGGUCUACUCGGCCUUGUCAAUUGUUUGCGAAAAGAACCGGGUGGUGAAAUGAUUAGAAGUGUAUUUAUUCAAGAUGGAGAUGCGCCUGCUUUUUCAUUGCAAGAAUCGUUAUAUAUGAGGCAGCUACAACUGGAUUUACCCAUCAAUGUUAUACGUUCCGGCAUUUGGGGAUCCUACAGACAUUUUCCAUUAUCAUUAUUAGAACCAAAACUCGUACAGAAUGCUUAUGUUUCUCAAAUGGUGCGAGGUGAUCUGAGUACUCUUUGUUGGAUGCAAAGUAGGAUAUCUUUCGUUAACAAUAAUAAAGAAAAUCUAGUAAGAGUAGUUUAUGCAUCUAUCAAUUUUAGAGAUGUCAUGAUAGCUAGCGGUAGACUCGCCAUUGAAUCUAUUACAACCGAACGAAAUAAUAAUUCUUUAAUUGGAAUGGAAUUUGCUGGUUUUAAUAAAACUGGGCAAAGAAUAAUGGGAUUAUGUUCAACAGGAGGAAUGACAAAUAUUCUCAUAACUGACAAAUAUCUUAGUUGGAUCAUACCUGACAUGUGGACGAUGGAAGACGCUGCGACGGUUCCUUGUGUAUAUGGCACGUGUUAUUACGCUUUGUAUUUGAAUGGUAAAAUGAAAAAAGACGACAAAAUAUUGAUUCACUCUGGUACGGGAGGUGUUGGUCAAGCUGCCAUUUAUCUUGCCCUUUACGAGGGUUGCGAAGUGUUUACGACGGUUGGGAGUAUCGAAAAACGAGACUUUAUAAGAAAAACGUUUCCUUCUAUUCCCGAGGAUCACAUUGGAAACUCUCGUGAUACGAGCUUCGAACAAAUGAUUAUUCAGGGAACAAAAGGUCGCGGAGUGAAUAUCGUAUUAAAUUCUUUAGCUGAAGAGAAACUACAAGCGUCCGUCCGUUGCUUAGCAAAGGGUGGUCGUUUUCUCGAGAUUGGAAAGUUUGAUAUGGUCUCCAAUAAUCUUCUAGAAAUAUUUGCAUUUUCAAAAGGUAUUAGUUUUCAUGGCAUCUUAUUGGAAAAGUUAUUUUCUGCAGAACCAGAGAGUAAGACAAUACUACGGAACAAGUUAAUAGAAGGCUUAAAAAAUGGCGCCAUCAAACCGUUAUACAGAAAAGUUUUUGAAAAGCAUGAAAUAGAAACUGCUUUUAGAUAUAUGGCUGCUGGAAAGCAUAUUGGAAAGAUAAUGAUAAAAGUUCAAAAAGAAAUUGAACUGGAAGCACCUAUACUUGCACAUCCUCGGUAUUAUUGCCUGGAACAUAAAUGCUACAUCGUUAUAGGUGGUCUGGGUGGCUUCGGUCUAGAAUUAAUUGAUUGGUUAAUAUUACGUGGCGCAAGAAAUUUAGUAUUAAUUUCGCGAACUGGAAUAAAAAAUGGUUAUCAGCAAUCAAGAAUAACGUUAUGGCAAUCUUACGGUGUGAAUGUUCAAAUCGUUACAUCUGCUGAUACUUCGAAAUACGAAGACUGUAAAUCUAUAUUGCAAUUUGCCGAAGAACAAGGUCCCGUGGAUGCUAUAUUUAAUCUCGCAGUUGUGUUGAAAGAUGACAUAUUCAAGAAUCAGUCCCCACAAGCAUUCGAAGAUUCUUUUAUAUCAAAGGCAUGGACGACGAAAAGAAUGGAUGAAUUAUCGAGAACAAUUUGUCCUCAGCUUCGACAUUUUGUCGUUUUUUCUUCCGUUUCAUGCGGAAGAGGUAACGCGGGCCAAACAAAUUACGGAAUGGCAAAUUCCGUAAUGGAAAGAAUUUGUGAAAGAAGAAUGAAAGAAGGUUUACAUGGUUUGGCUAUACAGUGGGGCGCGAUUGGUGACGUUGGACUUGUCGCAGAUAUGCAAGAAGACGACAAAGAACUUGUUAUUGGUGGUACAUUGCAACAAGAAAUAUCCUCCUGUUUAGACACAUUAGAAGCGUUCUUGCUACAAGAUCGGUCAAUCGUAAGCAGCAUGGUUGUUGCUGAGAAAAAAAAAGGUUCUGGCGAAGCAACGAAUCCAUUUGAAGCGGUUGUAAACAUUAUGGGAUUGAAAAAUCCAAACAUGGCAGCGCCAAACAUAUCAUUAGCUGAACUAGGCAUGGAUUCAAUGAUGGCAGUGGAGAUUAAACAGACAUUGGAGAGAGAAUUCGAUAUUUUAUUGACAGCACAAGAUAUUCGAAAUCUCACUUUUGCAAAACUUAGAAAAUUGACAAAUACAUCUGAACAAGAGAAAAUAUACCGAGAAGAUGACACGGAAGCUAAUGUAAAUGAUUUGGACGGUUUAAAAAUAUUGACUCGAAAACUUAACGAUUCAGACUUGAGUCAAGACAUUUAUGUAAAACUCGAUACAGAGAGGAAAGUUGCUGGGAGUGAAAUAUUCCUUAUACCAGGAAUCGACGGGUGUGCAAGUGUAUAUAAACUGAUAGGAUCGAAAAUUAAAUCUUCGGCGAUAUGUUUGCAACAUGGUGUACUUAAUAUGCCGGAUGUUACUCGUUCAGUAAUGAAAUCAGCAGCAUAUCUUCUGCCUCACGUAUUGGAGAAAAUACAAAGUCAAAAAGAAUUUCUAAUUAUCGGUUAUUCAUUUGGAUCUUUAAUUGCCAUCGAAUUAGCGAGAUUAUUAGAAGCUAAGAACUUCUUCGGACGUUUACUACUUAUAGAUGGAGCUCCUGAUCAAAUGAAGUUCUUUGCUGAGAAAUUUUUUUAUCAUACUACAGAACAAGAACUACAAAAUAGCAUUUUACUUAAUUUAAUAAACAUGUAUCUUGACCCUAACAAUGAAAUGCUUGCAUUAGAACUAAAUAAGUGCAAUACGUGGGAAGAGAAAUUUGAAUUUCUUUCGGCACGCUUUUCAAAGGAUAUCAAUGAAUUAACUGUUGAAAAUCAGAAAUUGUUAUGUUCGACGAUAUAUGAUCAUAUAAUCGCUAUACAAGAUUAUAAUAUAACAUUAUUGCCACGUCUUAAAUCAUCUAUAAUCUUAUUAAAACCCACACUUACAUCUAUCACUUUAACUAAAGAGGAUUAUGGUCUACAUAAGAUUACCGAAAGUGCAAUACAAAUACGUUACGUGGAAGGUACUCAUGUCACAAUGAUGAACAACGAUGAAGUAGUAUCACUUAUUAACGAAUUAUUAUAAAUUAUAAAAAUAUGAAUAAGAAGAGAGAAUACUAUAUGUUUUCUUUAAUAAUUCUACUCUAACAAUAAAAGAUAGAAAGAUAAACCUGAAUCAACAAAACAAUGAUAUUGCUAUUUGAAUAUCUCAAUUUCAUAUGAUAAGAUUCAGCUAAUUUUAUUAUUUAACUGAUAUUUUAUCAUUUAAUUUGUCACUACUAAAAUGCGAUUAAAUUAUUGUUAUAGAUCAUUAAUAUCGCAGAGCGUCACUAAUGCAAUCUUCUAUCAAGAGAGACUGUACGUUUUUUCUUUGUGUGUUUGUGAUAUGUGUUGAUGGCGAUGAUGUUAAAAAUACUUCUUAAAUGAAAAUUUCCAUAUUUGGACUUUGUAUCAUGAUAUCUUCAUUUAUAGAUCAAUCAGAAUAUAAAUGAGGAUACUUUUUUCAUACAAAUCAAACUCGUUCUAUCGAUUAAGCUUAAUAAGAAUUCGAUCCAUUCAGCCGUUGUUAAAAUUUGAUAAUCUGAUGACUCUCAAUCCGAUUCGCGUAUAGAUAUACGGAGUGCCUCGCUAAUCCUUUGCAUGGCACGAGAUAUAUAAAAUCACGAUGAUAUAAA